AUGAGUGAGAAGGACUAUAGCGACGCUGAAGAUCUGACGUACAAACCCGAUCCAGAAACCAUCUGUAGACUAGGACAAGUUUCCAGGAAGAGAGAACAAGGUUCGGACGAUGAAGAAAUAGAUGUGGUGGAUGACAAUGACAACGAUUCCUCAGACAGAGGAUAUGAUAAUGAGGUUGACUGUGAUGGGGAUGCAGAUGACGAUUUAUCUGCUUCUUUGAAAAAGCAGAGACGAAACCGGACGACAUUUACGGCGGACCAGCUCCGGGAGCUAGAAGCGGUGUUCACACAUACUCACUAUCCGGAUUGUACGCUCCGAGAACAGAUCGCCGAGAAAGUAGAACUGACAGAGGCCAGAGUCCAGGUUUGGUUCCAAAAUCGUAGAGCGAAAUGGAGGAAACAGGAAAAGAAUAUAGUACGCAUGUUUGAUGUUUGGAGACACCGCCUUGAACCAUACCACGUGACACCACCCGCAUUCUCUCCAGUCAGUUACAGUCCGUCAGCUUUCACUUCCGUCCGGAGCAGCAUGUUUCCAUGGUUACCUCGUCUACCUCUAAACCUUCCGCCAGUUUUGCCACUUCCCACCUUUUUACCGGAAGCUACGUCACCGUUUACAGGUGAAAUUCCUCCGCUUUCGUCAGUCAAACAAACUCUCAGUGACAUUUCACAACGAAAACACUUCGAAUCUUACGCGAGGGACUACUUACACAGGUUCACAACCGAGAGCAGAGAUCGAUACGCCAGGGAACAGCUGAACAGAAGAUCACCGCACGUGCAUUCGACGACGUCAUCACCUCCGACAAGAAUAUGA